CAUUGCUCUAAAGUUUCAGUUUCCUCGAAGCUUUUCGGUUGAUGACUUGAUGUGAGACUGGGGAAGUCAAAAAGACUCAAAACCCUAAGACUCGCCAGGCAUAAACCCUUUCCUCCAUUGCUUGCAAAUGGAACCGUCGCAAGCUCGGUGUGUUGCGAAGCUGAUAAAGAUUCUGAAUCGGCAGCUUUAUAACCCCAUUUCAGCCCCAGCACCCUCCACCGCUCUGAUUCCGAUCCGCCAUUUUAGUGAUGCUAGGUGGCGACCCAGGAGGGAGAGAGAUCGAAACAGAUUCGAUCCCGAUGGUGUUGAUGGUGAACCUCCAGGGCCUAUUCCUAAUAGACCUAGGAGAGGCCAGAGGCCUUUCAAAUUUUCUUUUAGAGAACCCAGAAGACCCACAGUGAGUGAUGGUAAUAACAGUUCUCCUCUUCAAUCUUCGGACAUAGGGUUUGCUGCUGAUGCUAGAAAAAGGAGGGAUGAUUCUCAGUCCGACAACAGCUUUCUUGAAAGAUUCAAGCUUGGUCUUGACAAUAAGACAGAAAAACAGCCCUUGACGAAUUCGGAUCCUGCAACAGCAGCAGCUGAGAUAACUCAAGAGCAAGAAGAGAAACUCUCUGAACCCGAGGAUGCUGAUGAAAUUUUCAAGAAAAUGAAGGAGACAGGUCUCAUUCCGAGUGCAGUGGCCAUGCUCGACGGGCUCUGCAAAGAUGGCCUCGUCCAGGAGGCAAUGAAGCUUUUUGGUUUGAUGCGGGAGAAAGGUACGAUCCCUGAAGUUGUUAUAUACACUGCUGUUGUUGAUGGCUUCUGCAAAGCACAUAAGCUUGCUGAUGCCAAGAGGGUGUUUAGGAAGAUGCAGAAAAGUGGCAUCACUCCUAAUGCCUUUAGUUAUGCUGUCUUGAUUCAAGGAUUGUAUAAAUGUAACAAAUUGGAUGAUGCUGUUGACUUCUCUAUGGAAAUGCUUGAAGCAGGACAUUCUCCUAACGUUACCACCUUUGUGGGCUUAGUUAAUGGAUUGUGUGGGGAGAAGGGUGUGGAAGAGGCACAGGGUGUUAUUGAAAACUUACAACAAAAGGGGUUUGCUAUAAAUGACAAAGCUGUAAGAGAGUUUCUGGACAAGAAGGCGCCUUUUUCACCAAUGGUCUGGGAAGCAAUUUUUGGAAAGAAACCCUCAAAGAGAUCGUUUUGAUUCAAUCUUUUGUGGGCUAUUAACUGUUCUGCUCUUGCCUUGUUCCUUGAACAUGAAAAUAGUUUUCGUGAAUGAGGGAAAUCUUUCCUCCAUAAGUUCUCAUGUUUGAUUUUGGAUGCUGUCAAGUUAUUCACUUUUAUGUUUCUUGAAUAUCAUAGUAUCCAGGGAAAAAAAUCUUGGUCAGCAUACUGGUUCCAGUUACAUGUGGCGUGUUCAUUCUAGAAUUUAUGAUGCAUUGUCUGAGACUGAUUCAAGGACGGAGAUGGAGUUAGAUACGUAUGACUUUGUUUUCUAUUGGACUUAACUUGGUGUAAAGAUUUUGUGAAUUAGUUUUAAAUGAUGCUUGAAGAGAUGAAUGCAAGAAAAAUAAAAAGGAAAUUUAUUU